AUGGCAAUCUCGGCAGACGACGGCUUUGUAUGGAAGCUGACCAAACCCGGGCGAUGGGAACGAGACAUUGACGAGGUAGAAGAAUUCUACACCUCGCUGGCAAAAGCCUAUGAAGGAACAGGAAGAGUCUUCUUUGCCAUGACCGGGUUUAUUUCAUUUUCCGUUCCUGUACAGCCAGGCUCCACCUUCUUCGAAACAGAAGAAAGAGUCGAGCAGGCGCUGAGAAAUGCUUGGACUCGUCUUCGGUUUGACCACCCGACUAUCGCCUCUAGGGUUCAAUAUGAUCCAGCCCAUCAAAAGUACAAAAAGACGUACGAGACCUUUACCGAUAGCGCAUCCCAGCGUCAAUGGCUGGAUGAUACGUUCUGUGUCGUAACAGAGAGAAUAUGGGGGCUUGACUGGUGCAACUUGGAUCCCCCAGUGCCUGAUCUACCGACACUGUUCCUCGUCAAACCUCCAGCCUUGGAUGAUCAGACCUUCCGCGCUGAUCUUGUCCUCCGCUCGCAUCACGACAUCAUUGAUGGUAUGGGGACCUUGCUUCUCUUUAACAACCUUUUUUCUCUAGCUGCCGAUGCAUAUGAGCAAACCGACUACGAAUUACCUCAAUUUGGCGAGGAGUGGUCAAACCUCAGCCCGCCCCUCAGGGUAGCAGCCGGGAUACCGGCCGCCCUCUCGCCAGAGCAUGAGCAACAUAUGCGCGAAAUCCUCAAACACAACGCCUCAUUAAGGGAAGGCAUUGAAAUAGCAAGCCCACCAUUCCAGCAACAAAAUACCACUCCCGGAAAGCACCAACGGGUUGCAGUUACUUUAUCUGAGGAUGAUACAGCCAGACUAUUGGAAAAAUGUCGCGGUCUCGGGCUCAGUAUUACACAUGCAUACCAUGCCGCAAUUGCGCACGCUGUUAGAGACCUACAGGAACGCAAAGAGAGCGAGCGCAUGGUACGAUACAUCAGCUACUGCCUGGUCAACGAGCGCAAUCGCUGCAAACCCCCGUACAGUACAUCAAUUCAUCCCGCAUCAGUGUAUCACUCCGUCUCCGGUCGACGCUUGGCGGUCGACCUCACCGUCCCCGCAUUGGGGAGUUCCAACACUACUCCAACCGUCAAUGAAACAUUCCUGCCCAUCGCUCAACAAAUCCGUGACUACUGCCAGGAUAUUCGCGACAAUACGGAUUAUAUGAAACUCAUCCCGGCCUUCUGGGCCAUGUCCAUCUCCCCGUAUCCGGGGCCCGAUCCUCCUGCGAUUCCAGCACGGAAUGAGACUCCUUCGGCUUCUAUUUCCAGUAUGGGUGUGCUGGACAAGGUCAUUCGCCAUAAUUACGGUAUUUUCAGCGUCUAUAAUCCGUGGGUCACCGGUGAGGAGCUAGGAACUGGACUUGGGCUGUUUUUGGGUACUUGGAAAGGGAGGUUGACUCUCAGCGCAGCUUACAAUGAUGCUUGGCAUGGGAAGGAGGAAGUCUUGGAUGUUUUGAAUCGGUGCAAUAAUAUCGCGUUUCAAGGACUCGGCAUUAGAGAGGCACCAUCGUUUUAG